AUGGAGAAGUAUACUAAUUGGAUGGAUAAAGGUACAGGUAUUAAGCCUUUCAUUCCCAUCAAGUCACCAAGGGCGAAAUUUGGAUCGUGUAUGGUUUUGAUGGUUAAAGGAAUAAUUGUUUUGCCACUGGCACUGUUAUGGAUGCUUCUUCAACUCACUGGAGUUGGUUCGAAGGUACUUGGCACUGCCAUUAUGAAAUUUUUGUUUGGAUGGAGUUCACAGAUACAUGUUGAAGGUGUCAAAAGGAGUGAUAUUUCGAACAAGCACAUGCCUGAAGCUAAUAGGUUGUAUAUCGUGAACUAUAUAUCGCCGUUGGAUGGGAUUUUUCUUUCUUUGAUAUCACAAGCACCAGUAGUAUUGUUGGUGCCUAGGCGUGACAAGUUAUAUUGGUUCACACCAUGGCAGCUUUUCAAAUUUACGUUGGGCGGUGCGUUGGACAUACCAAAAGGCCAGCCACAUAUUGAAGAUCCAAAGCUCUUGAAAGCAGAUUCUGCCUUUUUUAUUCUGGCUGAGGGUACAACAUCUACGGGAAGGACUGUCCUCCCAUUCGAACUGGGGGAGGACACAUUUUCACUACUUACCAAGGAGGCGUAUAGCAAAGUCUAUCCUGUAAGCUUGAGUUUAACGGCUGCACCGUUAUGCACGCCAGUAGCCAUUGGGUUUUGGAAGUAUCUCAGCUAUUUGUCGGCACACAAAGUCUGCUAUAAGUGCAGGAUUAUGCAUCCAGUAAAUAAGGCAGAUCUGGCGACUCUACGUGUUACAUUAGUCGGGGGCGACAAGUACAUGUUAGUGGGUAAGAAUAUGAACCUUGAAUCUAAGAAGAAGUUUGUGAAUGUAUGGACUGCGGAAAACUAUCCUUGA